GCGGAUUGUGAAAACAUGGUUGCCUUUUGUGUUAUUUGACGUAAAUAUUGUGCGAAAAUAAUAUUUUCUGUUUACGAGUGUUUAGUGAUUAAUAAGUUUUAUGAUGUGUGUGUCCCUACUGUGAUCUGUUCAUAUGAGGCUGCUAUACAAAACUGGUCCGAUGGAGUCGCUCAGAAAAUGGUUUUACAAACCAAAGAGGGACGACCAUUCACUCCUCGCGCAGUUCUUUUUCGCGGACGAUGCUCUGAACAUGGUCGCCGCAGAGCUAGACUCCUUCGACGGAAGGAAGGACCCAGACAGAUGUUCAACCCUCGUCAAUCAGCUACGACAUGCACAGGAUCGCGUCUUGAACAUCACUAGUCAGAUCAUGGAUCAAGUUCUGGGCGACGAAAGGGUGGCGCGCGGCUUCCGAGUCAAGUUCCCAGAGGAUGUUCUGCAAGACAACUUAGCUGGGCAGCUUUGGUUUGGCGCUGAGUGUCUCGCCGCUGGUUCGUCAAUAAUGAAUCGCGAAGAAGAAUCGGCAUCGAUGCGCCCCCUAGCCAAAGCUUUGACCCGGAGCUUAGAGACCGUGAGGUCUUUGCUGCGGGAGCAGUGCCUUCGUCCCCGAGGGCUGGCUUUGUCGCAGCACGAUGACAUGCUCCACGAAAGCCUGAGAAUUUUUGAUCGUUUGUUUGCUGAAUUCGAACUAUGCUAUGUCAGCGCUAUGGUGAACGUCAAAACUCCUCAAGAGUUCGAAGCGCAGCAGCUGAUUUGCGUCCUGUUCUCGGAGAGCCUUCGUCGCGCCCUCAAACAGAACUUAUUAGCUCAAGAGCAGGUGGACUCUUACGAUCCGGCACUGAUGUUCGCAGUUCCGCGUUUGGCAAUCGUUAGCGGCUUGCUCAUAUACUCAAGUGGGCCACUGAGCAUUAACAAACCACCAGAAGAAAUGUCCGUGAUGUUCCGUCCGUUCCGUACUCUGCUGAACAAGAUAAGGUCGUUGCUGUGGACCUUGGACCGCCGCGAGCUGUUGGCCCUCGAGCGGUUGCUCUGCACCAACGAGGACAUAACCAAUCUGGCCGCGCUUGGUCUACCGUCGCCUCUGAAUUCAGACACACCCGAAGACUCAUCGUGUCCGUACCCCGAUAUCGAAGAGUUUGUUUCAAGAUUUUACACUGACUACGCUCACUGCCGCGACCUCUACGCGCAAAGCUCAAGCGAACCCACGAUAACGGACGCCGACUAUCUACCCGACAACAUCGAAGUGAUGACACCGAUCAUCGACGGAUUACGUCGCCUGACCGAGUUCGCGGACACCCACGACGAGCCCUCGGACCAGGAGAAGACUCGACAUUCUAUCGACACGGCCAGCACUGACACAUUCCAAACCGACUACAUCGAUAGAUCUAGAAAGACCAGCAAAACGGAGAACAGCGACCUGUCCUCGCUCAGGAACCUAUCGACGAACGGGCUCAUGAUGUUCGAUCCUCUGGUGAUCAACGCGGCCGCUUCCACGUCCAAUGACGUCAAUCGACAACUACCCGAUCACGAUUUGGUGACGUCACUCAACGAGCAAGUCACCGAAAUAGCCGAUAGACUGUCGUCUAUAGCCGCUAGUGACGUGGACAUUGUCGAUCAAAUGCAUUCCUUCUCGACGAACGACGUUACCGGUCUGAUAUCGGUCGACGAGCAAGCGUACGGGUAUUCGGGACCCAGGAACGAGCAGCUGAGCUGCAUGCCGUCGACGAGUCACGGGUAUCUCAUACCCAACGCGAUCAGCCACGAGCCGGCGGUCAUGUCGUCGCUGUCCCACAACAACUCUGCGGUCUUCAACGACGAAACAAGCGAAGCAAACGACCCCCUGAACACUGAUCUCCCGUUAAUAAUUCCAGAGAACAUUGACGCCGAUAUCGUUAAUACUAAUAUUUGUAAAGCGAACGCUAACCUAAGUAUGUUACUAACAGAAGAGUUUAGACAGGACGAAAGCGCCGACGACAGUACUAGCUUUCAUUCAGCCAAAAUGACUUUAGAUACAGAAGACGAUAGAGUUAAGUUUAUGUUGGGCUACGAGAGCGAACACGAGUCGCCGGUUGAUUCGGGAGUCAGCACCGAGAACACUAGUCUAGACAGAUCACCGGAUUCGGAUCAGAGUAAAGAAAUCAAGGGUAGCCUCCAGAACCGGGUCCUGAUACCCGAAGAAAGUUCCUUCGACACUGUUAAUAUUAAUUACGCCGAAGAAGAAGGGCAGAAGAACGAAGCCUGCUCUUCGAAUAUCGACGUUAGGUUAAGCGAUGAGAGUUCAGAUUCGAUUGAAGAGAGGCGAGUUUUACAAGAAUGGGGGGCGAACGCUUCCGAAGUAGAAUAUAGUACAAUAGAAGAAGUAAUCACAGAACUGAGAAGACACAGGGAGAGCGAUAAGAAGAUUAGUUCUUUAUUUGAAAACGAAGGACCAUCACAGAGUAGUUCUAGAGUUAGAAAGAGUAGGAGUUCAGGAAAGAAAAGUAAAGGGAAGAUUUGGACGUCCGGUGCUGUAAGGCUGAAUAAUCGCUCCAACCAGAGCCAGAGUCCCUUAAGACUGAAUUUAGACCAUUUCGUUGAUGAGAGUGGCACCUCCUGCGCUGGUUCGGAAUGCGCUGACGAUGAACAGAUAGCUCUCGCGUUGCAGACUCAGGAGCUGGCGGCUCGACAACAAGCAAGGGGAAAAUUUAAAUCGAGCGAAGAUCUAAUACACCGUUUGUUCGUGUGCAUCGCGGGGGUCGCGGAUCAGCUGCAGACGAACUUCGCGGCCGACCUCAGGAACAUCCUGAAGUCCGUCUUCCUGAUGAACCAGUCGCCGGACACGACGGAGACGCCCGAACCUCCCGAGAAGAGCGACGAGAAAUCGCCCACCAUCGAAUACGAACUGUCUGAGGACCAAGUUAUACAGAAUCACAGUUCGUUCGAUAGUGUGUACUCAGCGGAGGAGGUGUACGCGGACAGUACAUCCGAUUCGACGCAGUCCGAUAGCAGUUCGAGAAUGAUCCAACGCGAGACCGUGAGCGGCACCGCGGCGGACCCGGCCGGGGAAACGAGAAGGAAGUCCAUGGACAACGUCAAUUUGCAGGCCUCCGUAUCUACUGGUGAUUUGACGUACAGGGAAGAACGCCGUCCCACUGCGAGCGUGGCUAGUGAAGCGAACGCCAGCGUGGAGCGAGCUCCGGAGUGGGUCCCAGACAUAGCGGCGCCCGCCUGCAUGCGGUGCGACGCGCACUUUACCGCUUUUAGAAGAAGACAUCACUGUAGGAACUGUGGUAAAGUGUUCUGCGCGUCCUGUAGUUCUAACUCGAUACCAUUACCUCGCUACGGACAGCUGAAGCCGGUGCGCGUCUGCGAGGAGUGCUUCAGGAGUAUAGCUACGACUUGCCGCCGAGCGCAGACAGCGAACCAGAAUCAUCGGUGAAACUUAGUCUUUGCUGUACCAUUUAUUUUGUAACUUCUUUCAAUAGUGCUAAAAUUUUGAUUUCAGCGCCACCUAUUGAGCGUUUUCAGUAAUUAAUUCACUCUACAAGCGAAGCUGUCAACGGUAAAGCGUUAAAUUCUCGUUUAGCUUUUUCCUGUAUCACUACGAUGUAAGUGACGUAAUUUUGUCCUUAAGAUUACUAAUAUCGGACGCGUGUUCGUAUUAAAUUCACCCGGAUCCCAUUCUCAUUUGCUUGUUGAACUAAAAAAAUAACAUGACGUUUUUAAGUUUUGUUGCUGAGAUAAUAAAAUACCGGCUGUAUUGGAGCAGUUCCUUGUGUCCAAAGGAGAAUAAACUGGUUAAAAUUGCCGUAAUAACUAUUCAGAUUCCAAAUAGAGCAGAAAUACUCACGGUAUUCGUGAGAAGCUUUAUAAGUCCUUGUAUAAGAAGAAUGUCCAAAAGUGUCGAGCAGAUAGUCUAGUUUAUUUCUUAUAUGAACUGUUAGUUGCCGAUAUCGCUACCUCUUCCUGACAAUUAUCAAAAAACGAAAAAAAAAAACAGUCCAAUCUGUCGUACCGUACCCAAGUAACGCAUCGUCAUACAAAUGGCGAUCGAUUUUAUAAAUACACUUAACGGUCUUGUUAUAACGGGUCUAUAAAGCUCUGAUAAUCACCUUGUAUUCUGUGGAAAAUUUAUGUAUUUUUUUUUAUUAUGGCUCCAGAGCUCCCCCAAAAUGCCGUACAUUUUUAGUUAGAAAAAAAUUAUAUCGCACGUCACUUUUAGUAUCAGAAUACUGUGUUUUAGUGCACGUCGCCUUGACUUUGUUUUCCGGAAUUGUUUCGACACACCCUGUAUAUGCACUCACGACUAGUGACGCGUUAUCGAUACUCUAAUUUACGUACUUUACAAUGGAUAUCGAUUAAUUUCGUCGAUCGAGCCUAGAGCUGUCCAAACAAUUAUGUUCAUCGUUCGAUUUUAAUUAUGAUUAUUCACCUAAGUCGAUGUAAUGUUCCCGUUAAGUCUAAAAAAUAUACAGUACAUACAAAGCCAGACUGACGACUUAUAAAGUUGCAUGUAAAACUCGCAUUGAGAUGUUGGCGUGCUGAAUAAUAUUCGUUUGUUGAAAAAUAACGCUCUAUAACUUCGAGGUAAUAGUUUCGAAACUUUCAGUGUAUUGCCGAAAUAGUAGGGUCCUAUUUUUAACUUAUUCAAAAAAA